AUGGUACCAAAUCGAAACAAAUCAUUCCUUGUAAAUCAAAAUGUGAAUAAGACUGAAAAUUAUGAAGAAGCAUACCGUCGAUCUUUAGAAGACCCUGAAGGUUUCUGGGCUGAAGUCGGCGCCGUUGUCGACUGGUACAAGCCCUGGGAUAAAGUUUUAGACAAUAGUGCUCAACCUCUAACUGAUUGGUUUGUCGGGGGAGAAAUAAAUGCAUGUUACAAUGCAGUCGAUCGGCAUAUCAAGGCAGGCAAGGGUAAAAAAGUCGCCUUAAUCCAUGAUAGCCCUGUGACCGAAUCAGUGACAAAAAUUACUUACGAUGAUCUAUAUGAAAAAGUAUCAUUGUUAGCUGGUGCCUUAAUAAAUCUUGGUGUAGUAAAAGGUGAUCGUAUUUUGAUUUAUAUGCCUCUUAUACCCGAAGCUAUCAUUUCAAUGUUGGCUGUUGUUCGCAUUGGAGCCGUUCAUUCUGUGGUUUUCGGAGGAUUUGCAGCUCGUGAACUUUGUGCACGUAUCAACCAUGCUACUCCUAAGGUUAUAAUAGCAGCUAAUUGUGGGAUCGAACCGAACAAAAUAGUAAGGUACAAAGAUAUUCUAAACACUGCUCUUGACCGGGUAACAGAAAAACCUAAACAUUGUAUUAUAUACCAAAGACCAAACAUGGAACCUUCUCCAUUAACUCCAGGAAUUGAUAUACUUUGGUCCGAUGCAUUGUCGACAGCUAAACAUCACCCAUGUGUGCCCGUGGAAGCAAAUCAUCCUCUUUAUAUACUGUAUACAUCAGGCACUACGGAUAAACCUAAAGGAAUCGUUAGACCAACUGGUGGACAUAUUGCAACAUUAUGCUGGACAAUGAGCUGCAUUUAUGGUAUGACAGAAGAUGAUGUUUGGUGGACUGCAUCCGACAUGGGCUGGGUAGUAGGACAUUCAUACAUAUGUUAUGGUCCGCUUUGCGCUGGAAUCACAUCAGUUAUGUAUGAAGGUAAACCGGAUAGGACACCUGAUCCUGGACAAUAUUUUAGAGUAAUCCAAGACCAUAAAGUGAAUGGAUUGUUCACGGCACCAACUGCUUUAAGGGUCAUCAGAAGAGAAGACCCAGUUUUGGAGUUUGGUAGUAAAUAUAACACUAAAUCGCUAAGAACUCUAUUUGUGGCUGGAGAACAUUGUGAUCAUGAAACAUUGUCUUGGGCUGGAAAAGUCCUGAAUGUACCUGUUUUGAAUCACUGGUGGCAAACUGAAACUGGUCAUUCAAUUACGGCUACUUGCCUGGGAUUUGGACAUAACCUAAAACCUCCUAUGUUUUCUGCCGGAAAGCCGUUUCCCGGAUAUGAUGUGAGAAUUUUAAAAGAAGACGGUAGUCCGUGUCAGCUAUUGGAAUUGGGCCGAAUCGUGGUCAAACUCCCGUUACCACCAGGAGUCAUGUCGUGCUUGUACAAAGCCCCCGAACGAUUUCUCCAUACAUACUUCAACAACUUUAAGGGUUAUUACGAUACGAUGGACGCUGGCUACACCGAUGAAAACGGUUAUAUAUACGUCACAGCCAGAGACGACGAUGUCAUCAAUGUGGCUGGACAUCGGCUGUCGACAUCUGCAUUAGAAGACGUAAUUCUUUCUCAUCCGGACGUUGGAGAUGCAGCCGUAUUCGGCGUCCCGGAGACUACGAAAGGAGAAAUACCUCUAUGUCUUUACAUUAAAAACAAAAAUUGCAGUAAAAAAGAAGAAGACAUCAACGACGAAAUCGUACAAAACGUUCGAGAUUUAAUUGGACCGAUUGCGUCUUUCCAUUUGUGUGCACCUGUGCAAGGUUUGCCCAGAACGCGAUCGGGAAAAACAGCUAGGAAAUCGUUAUCGAAUUUAGCAAGUGGAAAAAAAGUGAUUAUAUCAGGUACGAUAGAAGAUCCUUCAGUAUAUUUGGAUAUCAAACAGGUGUUACAAAAACUUGGUUAUGCUAAAAAUGCUCCAGAUCCUGAAAUUGAAAAAUAA